GGUGGGCCUGGCAGAUAACAGGGUGCAGGCUCGGGCUGGAGGCUGACACUCCACCGUCCCAGCUGCUCCUCGUGCCCUGACUUCUGUGAGCCAGCUCAUGAUCUCAGGAUGUAUGAAAAAAUAAUAAUUGCAUUACUAUUGUCAGGUUAUAUUUUGACAUCAAAUGCCACCUCUGCACCUCCGACGGACAGCGUUGAUCAAACAUCAGUGGCUGCGACUCCCUUACCAGUUGAACAUACUCCUGCUAAUCAAAGAACAACGGAACUUCCAGUUACAAGAAAAGAUCCACCUGCCACACAAGGACAAAGCAAAUACCUUAAGCACAUGUUCUCAGCACCAGUGACAAUAGUCAUUAUUUUUGGGGUGUUGGCUGGUGUCAUUGGAACUAUACUCCUUUUUGCUUAUGUUAUUGGCAAACUAACUAAGAAACGUUCACUUAAUGUGCAAUCUACAUUCUCACAUGACCCAGACGCUCCUUUAAGUUCUGUAGAAACAGGAAAUCCAGAAAUAUAAUCAAUGAGAAUCUGCUCACCGAGCCAAAUUUUGGAAGAACUAAAGGACAUGAGACUUCAGUCAAGUGAAAAGUUAACAUGUAAUCUGGACACGCUAAUAAAUAGUAUACAUUCCUAAAUUGUACAAUUUCAAGAUGAAAAUUUCAUCAUAAUGAGCCCUGUGACUCAAUGAUGGAAAAUGCCUCUACUUGUUAAAAUUUCAAAAUGAAGAACAAAUAGUUUCUUUCAAAUAGUUGCUUCUGUGUGUUAACAUAAUUUUUAUAGUUAAUUGAUUUGGAAUUCUAGUCUAUUGUAUUUUAAUAAUUGUGCUGUCAAGUGAAAGGCUUGUAUUAUUAUAGGUAAAAUCUACAUUCUUUUCCCAUUCUAAACUUCUGAAUCUAUUUUCAUUUUAAAUAAAAUCUUAUCAUUUCCUUCAUUACUGAAUAAGCAAGAUAUGCUAAUACACUAAUGGUGAUGAAAUCUUUAGUCCCAAUAAUAAAGUGUGUACUUGGAAAUAAAUGCCUUGCAUACAUACAUACAUAUAUAUGUGCAGACACAUGUGUGUAUAGGUAUAGGCGUAGACAUAGAUAUAUAAAAUGACACUUACAUUCGUCCUUUAAUGCAUAAAUCAAUACAAAAAGUUUUUCCCAUUAAAAUAAGUGAAAUGUUACAUAUAUAUAAACGGCUCAUUUAAAUGUGUCUGAUGUUACAGCAUUAACUUCUCCAGGCCACUCUCUGAUGCAUUCAUUGUGUUCCACUGCAAGAGUUACUUAUUAAAUGGUCAGAGAAUCUUGAGAAAGAAAAGAAUUAAUGACUUUUCUUUGCAAAAGAAAACUCUGUAAAUGCAACAAGAUGUGCGAACUUGAUAUGCAGGUGAAUAUUUUAAUAGGUUUCUGUUGCAUUCUUUUUUAGUGUUCUCAGAUAAAUUCUUUAAUCCAUCCAUUCCUAGGUUUUCUAAUUAAGAAGGUUUUGAAAAUUGGUUUAAAUAAUCUAAAAGAAAUUUCUAGAUAUGAGACUCAGGCUUUGUGCCUAUACUGCUGUCACUCAUUUAUAGUGAAACAUAAGUAGCAGUAUAAAAACAAAGAAGUACCUUCCUGUGAUAUUCUACUUCCACAUUAGUAAAAAUCCAUGUGGCUUUCCAUUGAUGUGCGAUAAUAAGGAAUAUUAUGUACAUAUCUGACCUGCCAACUUAAAUUUAUUUUUUAAUAAAUUAAAAAAUUUAAAUCUUAACCUGCUUGUAUGUUCAGAGAAUGUUCUUAUACUAAGUUGUCUUUUUAAAAUAAAGAAUAAAAACAGCACAAUUCUGUUGGUA